AUGCGGGGAUCAUCACAGCAGUUCAUGGGAAUCCCCGGACCCCAGAAGAUCCUCCAGACAUUCGGUUCCUUGUGGCUUUCACAGACGUCGGAUGAAAGACCAUCUCCCGGAGCUUCAUCAUCAUGCCCUGUAUCCGAAAUCAGUUGUCAGGCCAACUACCACGGCCAAGAUACCUGCUGUUUCAACUACCCCGGCGGCCAAAUGCUCCAAACACAAUUUUGGGACGCAGACCCUGCUAUUGGACCUGAAGAUGCAUGGACUAUUCAUGGACUGUGGCCCGAUCACUGCGCCGGUGGCUUCGAUCAAUUCUGCGAUUCGAAGCGCAAGUACAGCAACAUUUCGCUAAUUUUAGUUGACUCCGGUCGCGGAGACUUGCUCGAGUAUAUGAGCGAGUAUUGGAAGGAUUUCCGUGGAGAUGAUUCUAAUCUAUGGCAACACGAGUGGAACAAGCACGGCACUUGCGUCAGCACCCUGGAAACGCAUUGCUACGAAGAAUACUUGCCACAGCAAGAGGUUGUUGAUUACUUUGACAAAACUGUGGAGGUUUUCAAGGAGCUUCCCUCGCACGAGUUUCUGGCGAAUGCUGGGAUUGUGCCAUCUCAAACACAAACAUACAACCUAGUGGACAUUGAAAAUGCACUGGAAAGCGCUCAUGGGAGUCCUGUAACUGUCCGCUGCAGAGCUGGCGCCCUCAAUGAGAUUUGGUAUUAUUUCAACAUUGCAGGAAGCCUGCAAAAGGGAACCUUCAUCGCCGCAGGCCCAGAUGGUCAAAAGUCUAACUGCCCAUCUAAGGGCAUCAAGUACCCACUGAAGCAUGCUCGUCACGAGCCCACUCAGACGACAACUACCGGCCACUCUGAACCCACAGCCCCAGGAGCUCCUUUUGCUGACAGGGGUAACUUGAUUGUAUCUACACUUAACCGAAAACACGGCUGUAUCAUAAGCUACGGAACAUGGUUCUCGUCGGGGACUUGUGCAACUUUCCGGUCUGAGAGUUUAUCAGAUGGUAAAUUCCAUUUGAAAUCUAGCAAGGGUCCUUGUGCCUUUGAGCGGGAUGCCCUUGCUUGCGGACCCCAUGUCAAUUCUCCUACCGAAUUUACAGCCAAGGAUGGUAAGCUCUCUUACAAAAAUCAGACUACUUUCUUUGCCGACCAGGCACCCAAGGGGCGUACACAGAGCAAUGUGUAUGCUUCGCAAGGGGGUAGACCUGUUGCGAUUGAGAUUACUUGGACGUCGAAGUAG